AUGGAACAAAACCUUGCUCCUCAAGGGCCGGGGGGGCGCAGACUUCACAUUGCACACCGCAGGAGUCCAUCUGAGCUCACCCCUCUGAUGAUGGAACAACUCGCUCUUCAACAACAGAUCGAAAUGCUCCAACAGCAGCAGCAGCAGAUUGCUGCCACACAUCAGCAGUAUGUAAAUAUGGGAAUGAUACAACAACCUCUUGGCGGCGCGGGAGGAUACUCUCCCGUUCAAGGCCAGGUGACUGUGGGAGGUCUUUCACCUCACAACAAUGCUUUUCAGUUUCCCCAGAUGCAGCAACUGGGAGGUGCCAUGAACACUCCAACACAACCAGCUUCACAUCGUCGAAACCAGUCAGCACUUCCAGGCAUGGGCAUGGGUCCCCCUCCAGCUCCAUCCUCCGGCGCUUCAGGCUCGACUUUCAGUGAUUACAAUCAGCAAGCGGCCAGUCAGAAUCGUGAAAACAGCAGCUCCCGUGGUCGUGGUGCGCCCGCUGGCAGUGGACAUCAACGUCGACAUUCGCUAGCAUUACCAGAAGCCAAGAAGGCUGCCGAGCUAGCCCAACAGAAACGGACGACAACUGGCUUUCAGUUCCCCAUUCCUGGUGCCUCAGGGGCCUCUGCUACCGGUUCUCAGGGUUCAGAUGACUCGGCACCUAUGGACGAAAAGGCUUCUGUAGCCGUGCAGCCUCCUAUUCAGGGGCUGGGACUUCAAAGAGCCGGGAACAUCCGCGGUGGAGGCCAUGGACGAAGUCAAAGUCUAGCUGUAGGAAAUGGCCGUGGAGGUGCUUCUGCUGGCCGUGGUGCCGCAAAUUUCCAGUUUCCACCUCCCAUGGCCACUGCAGAUGCUGGAGCGAGCGCUCAGGCUGGCCAAAGCGAUCUUCAGCGCCGCGGUAGUCAACCAGGUCACGCUCGGACUGGAUCCCGAAACUUCGAAGGUAAUUGGCGACAACAGACUGCUGGCCAAGGACAACCACAGGACCAACAGCAGCAAACAAUAGGUGGCUUCAAUCAGCCACAGAACGUGAAUGCAAACGUCUUCCAGCCUGGCCACAGAGCCCGUGGCUCUAUGAAUCAGUCAAUGGGCUCCGUUGGCUCGUUCCAGUAUGCAGCGCAGCCACAACUUCUUCAGCUGCCUCAAGGACAGGUCAUGAUGGCUCAGCCUCAGAUGUUUGCUGGACAACAGUUGAAUCCUUUGCAGAUCGCUCAGCUUCAGGCGAUGCAAAAUGCUCAGCUCGGCGGGCAAGGAGUUGGUUUGCAAGCGAGUCAACACGCUCAGCCUCAGUUGACGCUGCAGCAACAGCAGCAACAGCAACGCAAGACACUUUUCACGCCAUACCUCCCUCAAGCCACUCUACCUGCUUUAUUGAACGAUGGCCAACUCGUGGCCGGCAUCUUGCGAGUGAACAAGAAGAACCGCUCAGAUGCCUACGUCACAACCUCGGACCUUGAUGCCGACAUCUUCAUUUGUGGCAGCAAAGACCGAAACCGUGCACUGGAAGGUGACCUGGUUGCAGUUGAAUUACUAGAUGUCGAUGAAGUCUGGGGUCAGAAGCGGGAGAAGGAAGAGAAGAAGAAGCGCAAAGAUAUUACUGAUACCCGAACGUCUAGUGGUAGCGACAAGCCAACAAGAAGCGACUCCCAGAACGGUGAGAAUGUGACAAUUGCGCCUGACGGCAGUAUCAAACGGCGAGGCUCUCUACGCCAGCGGCCCACCCAGAAGAAGAAUGACGACGUUGAAGUAGAAGGCCAGAGUCUCCUUCUCAUGGAGGAAGAAGAAAUCAGCGACGAGCAGAAGCCGCUGUAUGCUGGACAUGUUGUCGCAGUCGUCGAACGUGUCGCUGGGCAGAUGUUCUCGGGGACUCUGGGACUUCUUCGCCCAAGCAGUCAGGCGACGAAAGAAAAGCAGGAAGCGGAAAGACAAGCCAGGGAUGGCGGUCAAGGCCGUCAUUACCAAGAGCGUCAACAAGACAAACCCAAGAUUGUAUGGUUCAAACCCACAGACAAACGUGUCCCUCUUAUUGCGAUACCUACCGAGCAGGCGCCCCGGGACUUUGUUGAGAAGCAUCAAGAUUACGCAAACAGAAUUUUUGUUGCAUGCAUUAAGCGGUGGCCGAUUACCUCACUUCAUCCAUUUGGAACGCUAGUGGAACAAUUGGGCGAAAUGGGUGAUCUGAGAGUGGAAACUGAUGCUUUGCUCAGAGAUAACAAUUUCGCUUCUGAUGAAUUUUCGGAGGCGGUGCUCAAGAACGUUGGUCUUGAAGAAUGGUCCGUGGCUACUGAAGGGGACGAACUCCUAGCUGAGCGUCGUGAUUUCCGAGAAGAGAGAACUUUCACGAUUGAUCCCAACGGUAGCAAGGAGCUCGACGAUGCCAUCCACAUCAAAGAUCUCCGGAACGGGAAGGUGGAGCUCGGCAUCCACGUUGCUGACAUUGCCCAUUUUGUGAAGGCCAACUCUCUGGUUGAUCGGGAAGCCAAGAAACGUGGCACGGGCGUUUAUUUAAUGAACCGAGCUGUCAACAUGCUCCCGCCUCGCUUGGCUGCCGAGGUCUGCUCACUUGUGCCAGGAGAAGCUCGCUUGACCGUCAGCGUUGUGUUUGAGGUUGAUCAGCAGACAGGUGAGGUCAGUGAUGAUCCCUGGGUUGGUAAAGGUGUGAUUCAGAGCACUGGCAAGCUCACCUACGAUGAAGUCGAUGCAGUCAUAUCAGGGAGUAAUGAUGUGAAGCUCCAUGGUGCUACCGCCGAGGACAUCAGAUCAUUGCAUACUAUCGCAAAUAGGUUCCGCGAAAGCCGUUAUGGCAGUCGAUCUGCAUAUCUGCCACCACUGCGCCUCCUCCACCAGCUUGACGAUGAGAACGUGCCCGUGGAACACAACAUCUUUGAUUCGUCAGCAUCGCACGAGAUUAUCGAAGAGCUGAGUCACAAGGCCAAUGCCUUUGUUGCCCAGAAAAUUUUGGCAGCCUUCCCGGAAACCGCUUUUCUGCGACGACAGGCUUCCCCCAAUGCUCGACGCCUCCAGACCUUUGCCGAAAGAAUGACCAAGGCUGGCUAUGACAUUGAUACGAGCAGCAGUGGAGCUUUGCUAAAUAGCCUCUUCAAAGUGCGAGAUGCUGACCUUCGCAAGGGUAUGGAAACCUUACUUAUCAAGACAAUGCAACGAGCAAAAUAUUAUGUUCCGAAAUUCGUGACAGAGCAGCAACGUCAGCAUUAUGCUCUUAACCUACCAUUGUAUGCCCACUUCACAAAUCCGACCAGACGGUAUGCCGACAUCGUUGUCCACCGACAGCUUGAUGCGGCUCUCUCCAACGGAGCAGUUGAUUUUACGGAAGAUGCUGAGAACCUUUCCAAGACCGCCGAGCAGUGCAACACGAAGAAAGACUCGGCCCAAUCUGCGCAGGAGCAGAGCGUCCACAUCGAGUCUUGCCGUAUGAUGGACAAGAAGCGUCAAGAGCUUGGUGGAGAUCUUAUCGGUGAAGGCAUCGUCAUUUGUGUCUAUGAAUCCGCCUUCGAUGUGCUCAUACCGGAGUAUGGAUUCGAAAAGCGAGUGCACUGUGAUCAGCUACCACUGAAGAAAGCAGAGUACCGCAAAACGGAACGUGUUCUAGAGCUUUACUGGGAGAAGGGUGUUCCUUCCUCAGCAUACAUUCCAGAAGACGAGAGACCAAAGGAGAAAUCCAGCCACCGAUCGAACAACGCCUCGGCCGCCUCUCAGACGGCCAAGCAAAAUGCGAAAGAAAGAAUAGAGGUUCAGCGUCGGCAGACUGACACCGGCACCAUGUCACCCGAUGACGUGGAGGCGCUCUUUGAUGAGGACGAUUCCAUGUCCGAAGUCACCGAGAUGGCUGCUGGUGUGGCAUUGAACUCUCCAGUUGACCGUUCUACUCAAAGCAUGCCUCCAUCACCUACCCGCAACGGUGGCCCUCCUCCCGCCCCGCAUCGAACUCAAUCCGAUUCCAAGAUAGCAGUUUCUGCAGCCGAGGCACCAGAAGCGAAGUUGAGCAACAAAGAAAGAUAUUUGAGUUAUUUUGCACUGAGAGAAGUGGAUGGUGAAUACAUCCAAGACGUGACAGAGAUGACCCGGAUACCUGUUAUCCUCAAGACGGAUCUCACCAAAAGUCCUCCAUGCUUGACAAUUCGUUCCAUGAAUCCAUAUGCGUUGUGA